CUGCACUUUGUCAGCAGUCAUCUCCUGUACUGUCCGCAGUCUCUGGUCAUCUCCUGUACUGUGUCCGCAGUCUCUGGUCAUCCCCUGUACUGUGUCCGCAGUCUCUGGUCAUCCCCUGUACUGUGUCUGCAGUCUCUGGUCAUCUCCUGUACUGUGUCCGCAGUCUCUGGUCAUCACUUGUACUGUGUCUGCAGUCUCUGGUCAUCUCCUGUACUGUGUCUGCAGUCUCUGGUCAUCUCCUGUACUAUGUCUGCAGUCUCUGGUCAUCUCCUGUACUAUGUCUGCAGUCUCUGGUCAUCUCCUGUA